GGGCUCCGGAGCGGCCGGGAGCACCAGACAUCACUUUAAGACGACAUCAUGGAUAAAUAUGAAAUAAUAAAAAAAAUUGGACAAGGAUCUUUUGGCAGAAUAUUCUUGGCAAAAGGAAAAGUGGAUAAUGAGCAGCGUGUUAUCAAAGAGAUCAAUUUAACUAAGAUGCCUGUGAAAGAAAAGGAAGCCUGUCAGAAAGAAGUCAUUCUUCUGGCCAAGAUGAAGCAUGCAAAUAUUGUAACCUUCUAUGCUUCUUUGCAAGAAAAGAACAAGCUAUAUAUUGUGAUGGAAUACUGUGAUGGUGGAGAUUUAAUGAAGCGGAUAAAUAUGCAGCAUGGAGUGCUGUUUGACGAGGACCAGAUUCUGAGUUGGUUUGUGCAGAUCUCCUUGGGCUUGAAGCAUAUUCAUGACAAGAAGAUUUUACACAGAGAUGUAAAGGCACAGAACAUUUUUCUUAGCAAUAAUGGAAGGGUAGCGAAGCUUGGGGACUUUGGCAUAGCAAGACAGUUGAACAGCACUAUGGAGUUUGCCCAUACCUGUGUAGGGACCCCCUAUUAUCUGUCACCUGAGAUCUGUGAAAAUCGACCAUAUAACAAUAAAACAGAUAUUUGGUCUCUUGGCUGUGUACUUUAUGAACUAUGUGCACUAAAGCAUCCUUUUGAAGGCAAUAGUUUGCACCAGCUGGUGCUGAAGAUCUGCAGAGGACAUUUUCACCCAGUAUCUCCCAACUAUUCAUAUGAAUUGAGGAUAUUAAUUUCCCAGUUGUUUAAAAUAUCUCCAAGAGAUCGACCAUCUAUAAGCUCUAUUCUAAGGAAGCCCUUCUUGCAGAAGCUUGUUCUCAGGUAUUUGCCCCCUGAGAUAUCACAGGAAGAACUUGGACGCACUGUGAUACAUAGAAAAAGGCCUUCAGAAUCACAGCCUGGAGCCAAGCUGAUACAAGCACAUAAACUUCAAAAAAGGAGAGUCCAAGACCAAGUUCCUCCAGAAUCUGAAAUGGUGGUACCUGUCAAACAGGAAUUAUUUCAAAGAAGUGAAUGGAAACCUCCUUCAAGAGGGCAGCAGCCUCUUUUUCAGCCAGAGAGCUCCAAAUUUAAGAUGGCAGAAGGGCCAGAAAGUAUUAGAGUACGUGGCCAUUAUGGUCAUUACUAUGAUAAGCUUGACAACUUGCAGAGGAAAGCACAUUAUGACCUUUCUCACAUCAGCCAAAGAGUUGAAGAAUACUAUAAACUAAAAGGACAAGUGGCACCUUUGCCCCCACCACCUGACUGGCCUGCAGAGUAUCUUCAAAGGCGUUUUGAAGCCCAACAGUACAAGAUUAAAGUGGAAAAACAGCUGGGACUGCGACCAUCCUCUGCUGACCCAUGUCAUGACCAAAAACAGCAGCAGAAAAUAAAGGAAGAGCAUCUCAAAAACCAUCAGCAGGACAUGUCUAGAAAGAAUGAAAUGAAAGAACAGGAGUACCUGAAACAACUGCAGAAAAUUCGGGAAGAAUAUCACAGUAAUAUGAAGGAAUUCAGGUUUAGAGCAGGAGUACUCCAGGAGAAUCAAAAAAUACAAGAUAAAACCUAUGUUGUGAGGCAAGGGAAAGCUGAGGACCGGUCUGAAACCAAGGAUACAGCUAGAAUAGGAGAAGAAUCACUUCAGGACAUGGAAGAAAACUUUAAACAAGUCAGACUCCAGGAUAGGCAAGACCAAAAACUCUUAGGAAAUAAACAUAACAGAAAGGGAGGGGUAAAGUUUGAAAUUAAUUUAGAUGUAUGUGUUCCUGAGGAAGACAGCAUUCAAGAAGCAGAGGUACUAGAUAAACUCAGUGAGACUUUAACUUUUGUGGGUGGUAAGAAUUUUAAGGAUAAACUGGUGGAAAUUUAUGAAGAUCCUAUGGACAGAGCUUUGGGAGAACUAUCUGGAUACCAAACAGAGUCCAAUAACACAGAUGAUAGGAAAGAAAACAGAAAACACCGGCAAACUAGAGCUCCUCAGACACUACUGAAUUUUUUAGCUGAUGCUGAUGUCACAUCUGUAUGUCCUACUAUGGCUGAAAAUGAACUUGCUGACCAUGCUAUUCUGCCUGAGGACAUCCUGGAAAACAGGAAGCAGUGGAAACAAACACCACCAGGGACACUCCUGAACAUCUUAGCAAAAGCAGAGCUGUCUAAUGAUUCCUUCAUCCGUCUUGAAGAAGAAAUAGAAGAGGGAUUAACUAUGUCUCCUCCAAAAGAAGACAAGGAAGAUGAUUCAGAAACCUGCUCUGCUGUUGCUGUUGAUGAAGGCAGACUUGAGCCAAGAUCAGAUGAUGAAGACACAAAUUUUGAAGACUCUGAAGAUGAACUCAGACAUGAGCUGGAGGAAUCUCUGGAAAAAGUGGCAACUUCUCCAGCAGAGAGAACCAUGAAGUCUCCCAUCCUUUCAAUAAAUAAAGGUCAAACAGAUGAAGAAAAGAUGAGUUUAUCUCACAAACUACUUGGAAAAUCCAAUGAUGAUUUAGAAAAUAACCAUGGGUCAUUUAGUGUUGACACACGAAAUGAAAAAGGCAAGCAGGAAGCAAGAGCUACCUAAAACACCAGCAGUUACUGUUUCAAAGCUUUCAGUCACAUCAGUAACAAAACUGAAGGACAGCUGACAUAAAAUGCCAAGUAAAUCAACUGCUUUUCAACAGUGCUAAAUGCUUGAUUAAAAUUCAUGAAAGGUUGUUACUAUUGUGUUUAAAAGGAAAAAAAUCAGGCUACUUUUCAGAUGUCUAAAUGUUGAUAAAUCCUCAUCCAGAUUGAAAUGCACUUACAUCUUUAUUAUUCUAAACUACCUGAGACAUCUCUGACAACACUUGCUUAAGCAAAUUUCUGAUUGCAUACUCUCUUUAAACAUUUUUGUAUCAUGUUAGAAAGUCUCCUAGUCAGUAUAUUUUUCUAGCUCCAUCAACUCUGUUUUAAACUCCUCCAGCUUUUCAUAAUCUCUGUGUACUGCCAAUUCAGCUUUACAAUCCAUAGGUCAUUUAUAGUACUGACCCUACAUAGUAUCACCAACUGCUCAUCAGUUUUAUAUAGUAGCAGUAAAAGGGUUUAUUAGCACCGUGAGACUUGUGCAUUACCUAAUGCAUAAUAAAACAUGGAACAGUAGGUUCUUCCAACCGUAUUUUUUUAUAUACAAAAUUUCGUAUAAUCCAGGUGAAAAAUAGAGGGAAAACCACAUUCUAAAGUUUGAUUUCAGUAGCUUUUUGCACUUCUCUUUAGUUUGCUAAAAUAUAAAAUACUGCUUUGAUGGCUCAAAUAAGGACUCUAUGUUUUUCCUUUUUGACACAAAAGCAGAUGUUCAAUUUUUGAACAUUUUGUUCACAGUGUUCUCAGUUUUAUAACAAGCAGUAGUUCAGGACUUUAACGUUCUUGUUUGUAUAGCAUUUAAUUAUGCCCUCUAAUCUAGACCCUUCUAUUCCCUAGGAACAGAAAACUUCUCAGUAGAGUAGGGUUGGAAAAAUACCAUUAAGUUGUCAUACUGUGAAAGGGCAUGAGGAAAUAGCUAAUAGGAGGAUCAUAGACAAGUGCAAUUACUACACUUAUUAAAAAUCAAGCUAGCAAAACCACCAUAUGAUUAAGCUAUAGGAAUCACUGUAGGUAAUGAAAUCUCCAGAUCCACAAUUAAAAUCCCACAUAAUAGAAUUUUGCCACACAAUGGAGGACAGCAAAUUGAAAAUGUGCUACAGAUUCUGGGGAAAAAAAAAAAAAUCUGGAUACAAAAGCUAAUCAGACAAAAGUGUUGACUUUAAAAAGGGGACUGUGGGUGAAGAGUCAUGAAAUGAUUGGAGACUGAAAGUAUUCAAUAAAUAAAAGAACUUUCAGAUGCAGUUCUGUUACCAAGAAGAUAUGACAGUUCUGUGAAUCCAGAAGGUUUUACAGUGCACCGCACUGUCAUGUAGUCAACACAGAAAAUUUUCAGGAGC